AUUCAAUCUUAACUCUGUUGACCAGGGUGGCAGAUUUGGUCGGAUUUAUCCCGGAGUAAAACGCGGAGUUUCUCUUAACAAAACUGGAGAUCUUCAUUGACCGCGUGCAAACGUAACGGAUGAUGAAAACGCACUUGUUGUUGUUGUUGUUGUUGUUGAGCAGCUUUGACAGCUACGCGCGGUGAGGCUCCAAAAGGGGUUCGGCCGAUUAGGUCGACUCGAUGGUGCCCGUCUCAUUACGGUGCAAAACGGACUGCGCUCGAGUUUCAACGUGUGAUCACGCGUUUAUCCACGGAUUACGCGAAACGCGAUCGGACGAGAACGGGCGAUGAUGUGCUUGCCCGAAGCCAUUCUUCUGGCAGACUUUGUGAUUUACCGGCGUGUUUUGGGACUGGACUUUCAAGAAUGGCUAAUCGGUUGUUCUAAUUAUUUAAAAUUUACUUUUUGAGGCUAAUAAGCUACUUAAUCAAUCGUUGGCACGUCUACAUCGCAUGAUCAGUCCAAGAUGAUGUCAUCGUUCGGAGAAAACCAAACCUACCGGAGGCGGAACGCCACGGCUCAAAUCGGUGGACAGCUCUACGAGAGCAAGGUGCUGGCGUUGGUGUACUUUCGUUUAAUUGUGCUUUUCAAAGCUGGAAAAGUGCGACACUUCCAGGUUGGUACCAACGUCGAUGAGAUAGGCAAUUUCGACGACAUUGUCGUCCGGACGUGCAACAGUGAUGGGUCCCUCGAGUACAUUUUCGUACAGGCGAAGCAUCGUCAUAACCUCAAAUCGUAUGUCAAUUUCAAGACGAUCAACGAAGCGGCAGGAGACUUUAGUUUGCACACCAAUUUCAAGAAUUAUUUGGAGCUGCUGAAAAAGUUUAAAUCGCCAGGACAAGAUGAUUUCUUUAGAGUAGAUCUGAGUACAGUGAAGAUCAAGUUUAUUCUGUUCAGUUCAGCUCUAGUUCAAAUCCUCGAUGUUGAUAAAGACAAAUGUGAAGAAUCAAAAGUGGACGAAGCAGAUUUGCUGAGAACGACAGACGGUGGCCAGAAAACGAACUUUAAGAAGUAUUCAUCGAUUAUCAUUGAUAAGCUGGUGAAAAACGCCCGAGCGCAACUGAAAGCAAUGUUUGGUGAAAGUGAAGAAUCCUUCAAGAGAGCAGCUCAGGACUUUCUGGAUAGGUUCUGGAUUUACUCAGGUCAGGCAAAGCAGGAUCAGGUUGGGGAAAUUUUACAGCGGGAAAUAUUUUCUUUCGACAAAGUUUGCAACGAUCAGCUGUUGUUUGAUGAGUUCCAUAUAAACAUUCAAAAUUAUUGGAUUGACGAUCAGCAAAAUGUGGUGUAUCUUAACCAGCACUGUAAUCUGUUGGAGCAGACAAGACAAUUUCUUACACUUUGCGUCUUGUCACAGAACUUUUCGACCAAAGAAGAUCAAGCUAAUGUUGUAUUCAUCGAUGAUGCGGUUUCAUCCGAUUUGCAACAACUACUACAGCAUGAUAACAAAGGUGUUUUCAACAUUUACAGCAAAGCUUCACUACUUACUGGGCUAAAAUUAGCCCAAUAUGUUCACAAAAAGGAUUUAAAUUCUUGUUGCUUUGUUGAUGCCGCAACGGUUGCGCAAAAUUUUGAUAUUUAUUGUGCAUUCAGCAAUUCCAAACAGUUUGACAAAUUGGUCCUCUUAAACGGUGAUCGCGUCCUUCAAACAACGGCAAAUCUAUCCAGCAAAACAGUCAUCGUUGUGAGCAACCGAAUCUAUCCGAACUCAAUGACUGAUACGCGGAUCAAUCUGGUCGAUCUCUCGGUCGAAUGCCAAAAUCGUCUUCUCGAAAGCAUGCAAAUCAACUGUCGUGGCAAUGCUCUAUCGCUGAGUGAGGUCUUGGGAAAUAUGGGUGAAUUUAGUGAGGAUUUGAAACGUUCUAUUGAUUCGGACAUUUUGUUAAACAUUAUCAACAAAGAACCAAUUGAGCUCAUUCCGAGAACACUUUACAACACACUUAACGAAGCAAACUGUUUCAUAAGUCGAGAUAUUACUCAGCACCGUAUUGACCAACAAAAGUUGGACAAUUAUUGUACCGAUAAUCCUAAUCUGAUAUGUUUGGUUAGAUGCUUUGAAGCAAAUUUACCCCAAAAGGUCUUUGUUGUUGUUUCAGAAACGCGGGAUUUAUUCUUGAAAUUUUGCAAAUUUUAUCAAAAUCGAUCUGUGUAUUGGGUUAGUGAGAAAGACAAUGCUUUGAUUUGGCAAGAGUCAUUUGGACUAGUAGAUGAUGACGACGAUGAGGAUAAUAUAAUUUUGAGUUCCAGUGGGGAAGAGUUGCCCAAGUUAAAAGACAUUUUGUUCAGAAUCACUUUUGAGGUCAACUCGUUAAGUGACCUUGAUGAACGGGUGCUGAUUUUAGCUGCUGAACCUGGCAUGGGUAAAUCUACUCUUCUAACUAAAUUUAUUGAAACCUCAAAUAGUGCAGCAUCAGCUUCUAUAAUUCGUAUCAAUUUGCUGGAAUUCUAUUCCGAUUUUCAUGAAAUGAGUAAGGCCGCAAUAAACCUACAAAUUGCAUUACAAUUUGUACUUAAAAUUGGGCUCAAAAUCCAGCACAAUGUUAGGCUAGAUAUCGUCCAAGAAAAUCUGCGUUACCAUGGUUCGUUACAAGGACUGACGUUGUUGAAAACUGCCGUUUUCGUUACUUUGUACAAUUCUAAGCAACUUUCCGUUUUAAUCGACGGAUUCGACGAAGUUGUGCCUAAAUAUGGCCAACCAGUCAUAAGUUUCUUAAAUGUUUUGAAAAACAGUCACAUUCAUAAACUGAUCGUCGCAACUCGCAACAACAGUGCUCAACUGGAGCUUCAGAAUGGUUUGGCAGAGUCAAUCCAAACACUGGAACCUUUCACCGAUGAUAAAAUAAUACAAUAUUUUCUAACCCAGUGGGGAACGCGCUCGCAGUUUCCAGCCCAGAACAAAGUUAGAGCUUUUGUCACCGAGCUAGUUGCUUAUUUUUCAAGGGUUGUAAGACUUAGUGACAAAAACAGUUUCCUUGGAAUACCUCUGCAUGCCGAAAUGGCUGUGACAUGUUUCGAGGAGAGUCUCAACCGUUUCUACCAUGACGUAACCGAAACUCAUCCGUCGCAGUUUAUUGAAAACGAGCAACUUGAUUUGAUAUCACUUUACGAGAGAUUUAUCAAAAUCAAGCAAGAAGUAUACUUAAGAGGUAAAUGUGGACAAGAUCCUACCCAUCCCAAUUUUCACGACCGCGAUUACAAUGAUAAAUUCGAGUUGAAACACAGACGCUUCGCUUUGGUGACAUUGUUCGAUGAAAACAUCCUCGAAUCAUUGUUAUCUCGCAAAGAUCGCCAAGAAUAUGUGAAAAGUUUGAACGAAACGGUUGAAAAGGAGGGAAUCGUGUGCAAAAUUGUCAAUGGGAAGCCUCUGUUUGUACAUCUUAGCUUUGCAGAAUACUAUGCUGCAAAAGUACUGUUUGAAAAGAUAAUCAGAAUGUCACACAAUGAUUUUAAACAUUUUUGGAAGACAUUUUUCAUGCAAAAUCUAGUUGAGAAUGACAGACAACAAAUUUGCAAAUUUGUUCAAACACUAGCUCUAAGAGAUUCUGCUAAAUUUGCAAGUCAUGUUCCAAACGCUCUUUUCAUUUUGAAGUCAUGUUCGACGAUUGAUUUCGGCAGUGUUGCAUUUCAAUAUUUGCUCGCAUUUUUAGAAUGCGCAAUGCCAUACGAUGAUUGCCGUCAACAAGUAUUUGAAUUCAUAAAACAACAAGAAGAAUCAUACAAAAUGCGAUUCUUCUCUGCAGUCGUCAAGAUGCACUACCCCCAUCUGGUUCGAGGAUUCAGAAACAUGGUCAUGAACACAUCUCUGCGACACAGAGUAGACUUCUUGAUUCGAGCAGAAUGGAGUGGGUUCGAUGGAAUUGGGAGGAGUAGGCCAGGUGGUGUGGAAUCGCGGGUCGAAAGAGAUCCUCGAGCUAGAAGGCCCCGCCAACCAUGAUGAAUAAUUUUUUAAACAGACCUAAUUGAAAAAUAUCAAGAAAAACCCCACUUUUUAUAAAAAGCUAAAAUAAAAUAGUUUUAGAAUGAUACUUAUAAUUACCAUUUUAAAUUGAUUUUACAGCGAAAAAAAAGUUAACUUAGAGAAUAACGAGCUAAUUUGAAAUAAAAUUAUACUUAACAAAAAAAUAAAUAAAAUAUUUUUAAAACUGAAACUAUUGGCACUACGCCCCCCGGGGCAUGGCCUUCCUCUAACGUGGGAUUUCUGCUCCAGCGCCUCUGACGAGACAGGAGAAACCGGGACCGACGUUUUACUUCACCAUCCGAUAGAAGCUCAGUGGAUAAGGCGGGAAUCGAACCCGCGUCUCAUAGCAUCAUCGGGAUCGGCAGCCGAAGCCGCUACCCCUGCGCCACGAGACCCACCAUAAAACUAUUUGAAGCAAAAAAAAAAACAACGAUUUCUUGCAGAAUACAUAAGUAAACAAAACAUAUCUACACUAUAACUGCCUAACAUAACGUUAACGUUGCUUUUAUGUUUAAAAUGAUAAAUAAAACAAGAUACCGGAUUUUGCCGAACAAAAGGUAGGAGUCAUAAAAAACUUUAAAGGAAAAUAAUAAACGAUUG